AUGUAUCCGACAAUUACUUGUCAGGUAAUCGGUGACGAGUUUCUGACGGAUCCGUGCAGGCUGGACCAUGAAUGCCGACCAGAAAAGUAUGUCAGAGAGAGAGGAGACAGAGCCGUCUACGAGGAGCUGAAACAUGUUAGGGAGGACUCCAAAUACGCUGCAAUAAAGCCAGUGCAGGUAUUUUUCGAUCUCGUGGCCCAGCGUCGAGAAGCGGACAACGAGCCUGAGAAAAUGGGUGAAUCGCUCAGUUACGAUGGAAAAUGUGCCGGAGGAGUUCCGCAAGCUUCCAUGAUGGCUCUCCGUUUCUGCAACUGGACGAACCGGGGUUCCACAUUUAUUUCUCCACCCGGAACCAUCCAGAUGGCGCGCGAGAAUGGGCUUUAUGGCACUGUGGCCGACGGGUCUCACAGCUUGCAGCCGAAGACCUUGGGGCGCUAUGCGCAGCUGUACUGCGUGCAUGGUGUCUGCAACCAAGACCUUGACGUACCACUGAUGUUCUGCAUAAUGGAAAAGAAAACUCGUCGCGGGUACAAGAGAGUAUUCGAGCACCUGAAGAGGAGUCUGCUAGGUGAAACACCCAGGCGCAUAGUGCUUGAUUUCGAAAAAGCUGCCAUCCAUGCGGCCAAUAAGGUAUUCCCAAAUGCGACUGUUGAAGGAUGUGCCUUCCACCUGGCGCAAGCGUGGAACCGCAAAAGAAACCAUUUGGGGCUCCAGAGGUACCUGAAAGGCGCAGAAAAGGAUGAACGCGUGGUCAACUGGUGGGAAACGCUAAAAGGUAGCGUGAAUUUUUUUGUUCAUUGUGUGCAAAUUAAUAGUACAUACAUAUCUGCAGGAAUGGUAUUCCUCCCGCAAGAUCUGUGGCCUGAAGUACGAGCACUACGCGGUCCACCAGUGCCGAGUGGCGACUUGCAUGACAGAUGCCAAGAUUUCCUUAAUUAUUUGGAAACCACCUGGCUGAGUGGGCCGUUCAAAGAUCUGUGGUGCAAGUGGAGAGUUGAGGAGUUGAGGACGACUAAUCUUGCCGAAGCCUUUCACAGGAGAAUACAGGUCUUGGCAUCGGUUGAUCCACCCACCGCUAAGCGUUCUGAUCGAUAUUUUGAGAAAGCUCAACUAUGA